GAAAAAACACCCGUUGACUGCAAACUUUAUGCGACUGCACGUGGCAUAAUCGAUGGGCGUUUCCUACUUUGGCAGGUCUUGUGGAUCAACCACAACGUCUUCCUCUAGGCUCUCGCCAGUCAUCGCUGGUCACUGUGGUCAGCCAAAGGCCCUUCAUCGAGCGGAUAUCUCGUCAGCGUCACUAGGCGUUGAGCUACGCACUACUACUAAGCUAAUUGAUGUGAAACUGAAGUACCUGCAUAACGCGUGGAGACGACACUGUACUGAACGGCCUGGCUAUAUGCGUGAUAAUAUGAGGCGCCGAGAGCCCUGGAUGGUAGCCCAGGAUAGCGUUUCCGCUAUGUUUAUGGCAAAUCAGGCAUAUGUGAUCAACCCGAGUGCCAUGGCUAUAUGCGCAAGGAUGUGCCGCGACGACAUUCGCAAGGACCUAGAGGCUAGCAUCCACGACGGUCUGGUAACGCUUGAGAACUGAAAUCCCAGCACCGUAAAAUGCACUUGAGCUUAUGUGAACGUACUAGCAUGUGUCGUGAAGACCAGAGGAACGCGGCUACUGGUUACUUAGUGUUCAGGUGCACCACGAGUCAGUUGGAGAGGCAUUGCACUGGCAAACCCCG